AUGGCAGAAACACUGAAUGUUCCCAAGUCAGUUGAUAUCGUCAUCGUUGGAAAUGGACCCUCGGCCAUGGUACUCUCAUAUAUCCUCCACGGCCAUAUUCCAUUUUACAACCCGGAGAAGCCCCAUCCGGAUCCGUUACUCCAUUCAAAGCUAAAGCACAACCCGCAGCUGCUCCACCUAGACAUUGACCAUUUGACAAGCCAUUUCGGUGCAUCUCGAUUCCCAUAUUCCACCCAAGCUCUUCCAGUCAACGCUCUUCUUGAUGCUUUGAUUCGUCCAAAUGGAGACGACGAUGAUGGAACAGAAACGAGCGUCCAGUGGCGCUAUAUGCCAGAAAUGGCCGCUUCGCAUCUUGUUCUUGGACAUGCAAAUCAGCCGGGAGGCCAAUGGGCGGAGUGCCCCGAAGGGACAACCCCAAACAUCCAAACAUUGAGUUACGCUGGUAUGCUCUCACUGCCUGGAUACAGUUUCGCUGAGCACCAUCGACAUGUCCACGACACUCCUUUGCCGCCGUACACAAGACCAUCAAGAGAAGCGUUGGCGGAAUAUCUCGCAGCUUACCCCACAUCUGUUGGGAUAUCCAAAUCAAUUCUAUGCAACCAGGAGGUCAGCAGGGUUGAUCGCACUGAGAAUGGUUUCUAUAUCGGCUCACAUAAUAUAACCUGCAAGAAGCUGAUCUUGGCAUCGGGGGUUUUCACCGAACGUAUUCCUCCGAGACCUCUGUUGUUGCCAUUGUUAAAAUUACCACCGCUGACGUCGACGCAACCGCGACGUGCCCCUCUCUUAGUCAUUGGGUCUGGAUUUUCCGCAGCCGAUGUCAUUAUUUCUUCUCAUCCAGACCAACAGAUAAUCCACAUUUUCAAAUGGGAACUCGAAACCAAUCCGUCGCCUCUGAAGAGUUGCCACCAGCAAGAAUACCCCGAAUAUGCUGCUAUUUAUCGUCUUAUGAAACAAGCAUCCGCCCAAUUAACUCAGAAGAACGGGGCAAGACGCCCAAGGCAGGCACGUGGACUUUCGAACCCCUUCCUCGACAGCAGAAAUUGGCAAGUUAACUACGAAGGUAGUCCCAACGCUGUUAUCACGGAUGUUGUGUUGGACAAUGGAAGCGCCCUAGUCACAUUCCGUCGAGAGGAUGGGAUAACACUCUCUCGCAAAGUAAGUGGACUAGCAUAUAUGGUUGGCCGAAGGAGUAGUUUGAAGUACCUGAGCAAACGACUACGAGCUGAAAUUUUCGGCAACGACAUGACAACAAACGCAUGGGUUUCUAGAAAGACAAUGCGCGCUCGGGCCUUGCAUGGUUUACAAGUCACGAAAGAUAUAUUUGUAAUUGGAAGUUUGACCGGCGAUUCGUUGAUCAGAUUCGCUUGCGGUGGUUGUAUUUACGCCGCCGGAAAGCUCAUCGAAGCAGAACUCAAUAAACAGAGUGGAUCUGUUGAAGAAAAGCCCGGUUCUAGAACUCAAAGGAACAAGGACUUCGACCCCGAAAGCGCAUUUAUAAACGGUAUACUGGAGCAUAGUCAUGCCACCAUAAGGAUCGAGAACGAAUUAGAGAGGAAUCUUGACACAGGGCAGGAAACGCACGUCCGCUCGGAUUCGAUUGCAAAUCCACUCAAAGGUUGGUGGGAAUACCUAUUUUCAUUUUUUACCGGUUAGACUGUUUGUCCUUGCCGAUGAUAUUCCGGUCUGUAUUUUUAU